AACAUGAGGCAGCGGGAGCAGCUGUUCUCUGUCAACAAGUGCCAUCUGCGGCAGCUUUUAAUGAGCCGAUCGUCGUCGGGCUAAGCGCUUUUGUUUUUUUUUUGGUUGGAGGGGUUCUCGCGCAUCAGUCCUGCUCUGCCUCACGGGGAAACGUCACGUUGGCGUGUGCGGGAGAGAUGGCCAAGACCACAUCCAGGAGGACUCUGAAAAGUUUGUUCUCCAGGAGCGAAGUCAGCCUGGCCGAGUCGGCGGAGAAGAACACGAAGGAGGAUGAGAAAACCAAGUUUAGGUUCUUGAAGUUCAAUAAAAAGACAAAGCGUGACCCUGCCCCGGUGAAGGGGGCUAAUGAGAUCCAGCAAACACUCAGUGCUGCUGAGCCCAGUGAUCUGGAGGACCUGGAGGUCUUGGAUGACAUCAUCUCAGCGGGCAACACGAGUUCUAACUAUGGCACCACAUCCAGGUCAAAGGGCAAAGAAUUCAGCUACUCAGAGUUGGACCUCCGUAAGCCGAAGAGGUUUGCCAGCUUCUCCUUUGGCUUUAAAACGAAGAAGAGGAAUGAUCAAGGGAAUAUCUCCCAGAGCACCAUUGGCCUUAAUGGCACCGGCAUUAAAGAGCAAGAGGAGACUCCUCCCAACCACCGUCAGAACAUUUUCUGCAUGCCUCAACCAGAGCUGGAGGCCAUCGAUACAUUUGACAUCUCUUCUCCUCCCGCCGUGGCCACAAACCAGUCAGAAUCAUAUUUGCCUUUUCUGAAUCAAUCGCAGUCAUCCUACGCCGUGAGCGCCCAACCGGAGGCGCCGGAGCGUCUGAAGAACGGCUCCAAUCUGUUUGACGUGCAUGCGGAGCCACUGAAGGCGCCGAUUGCCGCCAUCCCUGAGCUGCAGCUGGAUAAUCCAGAAUCAUCAGAGGAGAAAGGGGAUGGUGAUGAUGACUUCGCUCCAUCUGCCUCCGCGACUUGUGCAGAAACCAGCCCUGCUGCCGACAACCCGACCGUCCCCAGCCUUCCAGCCAGCCGACCUCCGCCCGCUCUCGACACCUCGGAUCGCACAGCAGCAGUCGUUAACUCUGUCGCCGCAAGCGCCGGUCCGUGUGAUAAUGACACUCUCACAAACACCGAAAUCUCCCACACUGGAUCCACCAGAGUCACGUUAUCAUCGCACCAUCAAGCCGACGACGGUCAAAAUGGUGAACUCUCCCGAGCAAGUGCCGGCUCCAAAAAAGACGGCGCAGUCGCACAGUCGACCGCCGUUCCUCACGCCGAUCUCGACUCAGACUCUGCGUCUGUCCAUCCAGAAGUCUCAAUUUCUCGCACUGAGAGAUCUGCUCCCGUAACCGGCGGCGGCGCUGAGAAAGGUGCAGUUUAUGGGGCGUUGUAUGAGUCGCUUUUCCCCCAGAACUUUAACUCGGGGGUAAUGUCGUACCCCUCAAACCCGCCACCUCACAUCAUUACCGAGAUAAGGCAUCUCGACAGCAAAUCUGAACCGGUCAUGGUUAAAACCCUUAAUGAACGUUACACAGAACCAGUUCCGUACUCGGAGCCGACCCGCUGCCUCUCGGAGGUGAAAUCGGACAGUUUUAGCCUCAUUCAGGACAAUGUCAGGUCAGUGCCCGCAGUUCAAAGCUCUGCCCCUCCCGUCUCUGAGUAUGUAACAUCCCAAGGGGGAGACACUCGGGUUACUCACUCCAAACGGAGAGCAAUCCUAGUCAAAGAGUUAGUCACAGACGAGGCGAGCACCGACCCCAUCUAUCCCUCUCUCGUGCCUGAAAAAAUGAGUGCAGCGAAGGGUCUCGAGGUGAGAAUCGAAACAAUGGAGACUUUUUUUUCUCCCUCCGGACAGGCCGACUGGGCUGAUGGGCCUUUAAGUCCGGCAUAUCUGAAUCUGAGCGUCGGAUCGGAUGACAGCAGCGCGGCGGAGAUCUACUACAGUGCUGAAGAGGACAACGAAGGGGGAAGCGGGAAGGAAGAGAUGCACACGGUGGAUGAAAGGGUCGAAAGUUGCGUGGUUGACGGGGGGAGAGAGGAGUGUCCACAGCAGGCGGAGGUUGCAGAAAGAGGGAUAAGAAAGAGAAAAGAGGGAGAAUUUAUGGUGGUAAUUAUUGAAAGGCAGAACGAGGAAGUCAUAAUAGCCAAUGAAGAAGAGAAAGAGGACGUCAAUAACCAAGGAGGUCAGAGGUCAGGGACUCCAGUGCAGGAGACUGAAACGUCUGAUUUUCUUGUUGGCACCGAUGCAGAGAGUCGUGAGAAAGAAGUAGCAACCGCGGUGUUGCCACAGGUUGGAGAUAAGAGGGCGGAGGAGUUACCUGCCACACCGGUUCAGCAGGUGGGCAAGCCGGCGGUAUGCGACUUCGCUCCACCCUCCAGUGAGUCGCAGGGAGAGGGGGAGGGGUCGGACGGUAACUUGACCGACGAGUUGGAAACGGAAGACCACCCUAAUGGAGAGGCGGCGCUCCCAAUCCAGGAGGCACAAUACCUGGCCCACAUGCACACUGCUUCCAGCAGCACGGGAGACAAGCUCACACCCAGACCGAGUGUGUCAGUAGAGCAAGUUUCACCGGCAGCAGAGGCAGCCCGAACAGGCGAAGCGAGCCCAGACGCCACAGAAACCGGCAGUGACACCGCAGUCACGGCCACUUCCAUUACGCUGCAAUCAGACGCCACAGAGGUUGAACACAAUAGGGCGGCGAGUACAAAGUGGGUGGAUACAGUUACUCAAAGCGCAGAGAGAACCGCGACGGCGCAAGAACAGGCAGCAGCCAACGCGGACACGAGCCUUCCCGAUCCGGAGGCUGAGGGGACACCAUCAGACAGACAUCCGUCAGAAGCGCAACCCGACCCGAAUCAGGGCUCCCUGACAGCAUCAAGGACGCAGCCCACAGCAGCUUCAGAAGGCUUUGCUUCAGUAGAUCAGCCGCCUCAAGUCGAGAAGGGAUCGGUUGACGAGAUGAAUUCGGGUUACAGCACCCUAAGCACCAAAUUGUCCAUAAAGAAUUCCUCCCCCCCUAAAGAGGAUGAAAGCAAAUAUCGUUUCCGUAAGGUAUCUCUGAUCAAUGAGGCCACUGAGGUCAGCCAGGAUAAAGUAGACUUCAGCCAAGAUGGCACCGCUGUCCCCGAAUCAAAUGGGACAGAUGAAAGCCCGGACUACAGAUGGAGAAAUAGAUUUGAGGGUGUUUCUCAGUAUAGAAUAUACAACACAGAGAGUUCCUCCUUUUCUGAUUCUCUGAGUUACAACAAAUCUGACUCCUACUCCGGUCCCCCCUCCUCCUCCUCCUCCUCCUCCUCCGGUACCCACUCCUCCUCCUCCUCCUCCUCUGCUCUCCCUGAUUCUACAGCAGACAAACACCUUAGCAACUCCUCCUCCUCCUAUCCAGAGGAACACGUUGCCAUUGGAAACAGGCUGAGUGACAUGACCAAAGUUUCUCUGAGCUAUGAGAGCGAGCCAGUGGGAGCACCAAAAGAUGAGUGGAGGAGGAGUUUGCUGGAGUGGGAGGAGCCUGCUGCACCUGCAGGUGAAAGAGAGGCAGAGGCAGAGGUAGAGGCAGAGGCAGAGAGGUUUGAGUCAGGCUUGGACUCACACCGGCUCCCUUUGUCCGGCAUCUCCUCGGCACAGAGCUACGACGCCAUCGACACCUUUGAAGGCGGCGGCGACGACGACUCGUCCUGUUUUACUGGAUUGUUCAAGGCCACACUCGUGGAUCUGGUCUCCGAGCCUGCAGCUCCUUCCUCUACUCCCCCGGACUCUCCCGACGCAGACUGCCCCAUCCAGUUUGACAUGGACAGCCUGGUGGACACGCUGAAGAACAUGGGACCCUCCCUGAGGCCCAGGAGCCUGCGUGGGGCUCCUCCGGUCAUGGGGUACUCACUGCCUCCAAUUGUCGAGGAUGCUUCCAGCCCCGUCACCUCCAACACCCCUGCCGAGUCCCUCAAGGGACUUUACACUCUGCCUGUUGACCUGGGCCUGAAGAGGAGCUCCCUCAGAGAAACUCCACUGGAACUGAUGAUGAAGCAGAAUCAGGAGCAGCAGCAGCAGCCCGGAACAAGAGGCCUGAACUUGCCCCAGCGAUCGUCUGUUGCCAACAGUUUACUGAGAAGAUCCUCUGACUCUUCUGCCGAGGAAUUAAAAUCCCCAGUGAUGAAUGGAAACGGACCUCUUCCGUCUUACAGCCCUGGCUCCCGCCUGGACAACAGCGUCCUCUUCAGAAGCCACAGGUCAGCAUCCACAGAUCAGACCUCUGAAAACGGACAGACCUAUCGCCCGCUCUUCCGCGCCAGCUCGCUCCCCGAUAAGGGGUCUUCAAAAGAUCGCAUGAGUUCGGGUAAGAAGGAGCUCGGUGAACCGGGGAGUGGAACAGAUAUGGCGGGGUUCCGCUUUGACCGCUUCUCCUUCCUUUUGAACUCCGCCCCCUCCCCGUCGAGCUCCUUGACCGGAAUAGAAAGCUCCAACUCUCGUAUCAGUCGGCCUCCGGCGCAGGCCGUCAGCACGCCGCCAUCCACCAGCAGUCCCACACACCUCCUCAACCCCACCAUAGACCUCCAGAGGCCGCUCAUCUCCACAGACUCCGCUGUUAAUAUGUUCAGCCCGACGAUGGGGAUUGGUGCUGGGCCACCAUCCCUCCCCAUCCUGCAGAGGAGUUUCAGUAAUGAGGGCCCCGUGGGAGUCCAGCAGAUUUCAUUGUUCAACAGUCGGCUUGGAGGGUCUCAGUUCCAGAGCCAAGAACAUGAGCCUGAGAAGAAUUUAGAGUCAAAAUACAGAGCCUUCCCUGAUGCUUAUCUCACUAAAGCGAAGGAGCAUGGGAAGCUCAAUCCUCGCCCUGGAAAGAUGUACAUCUUUGACCGGCCGGAGAUGUGCGGCCAGAGGAUCGAGGUGCACAGCGAUGUCAUCGAUGCCACGCCCUGGGAGCUGCAGGAGACCAUCUCCAUCAGGGUCAUCAGAGGAGGAUGGGUGCUGUACGAGAAGCCGAACUUCAAAGGGGAGAAGAUCGCCCUGGACGAGGGAGACAUAGAGCUCACCUACCCCUUCGAUCUGGAGGAGCAGCUGCAGAACGGAGAGCAAGAGGCCGGAGAGCAGAACGGAGGAACGAGUGACGUGCCGACUAAGCCGGUCCGGAGGUUCAUCAUCGGAUCUCUCAGAAGAGCCGUCAGGGACUACAGCGUCCCGGAAAUCAGUCUUUUCCCCGAGGAGAACGCAGAGGGGAAGAAGGUCACCUUCAGGGACACGUCCGAAGAUGCCAGGAUUUUUGGCUUCCCCAUCAAGGCCAACUCCAUCAUCAUCAAUGCUGGGCUGUGGCUCGUGUACGCACAUCCCUUCUUCCAGGGCCUACCACGUGUGCUGGAGGUGGGGGGGUUCUCCAACCCUGCGGCCUGGGGAGUGGAACAGCCCUAUGUGGGAUCCCUACAUCCACUCAAAGUAGGGGAACCGAGAGUGGAGAAUAUGAGUGAACCAAAGAUGGUGAUCUAUGACAAGCCCUACUUCACUGGGAAAUCGAGGACCAUAUCCACCAGCAUGAGGGACUUCAUGACCAAAGUAGACCGGCAGCAGUCGGCCUUCAUGUACAGCAUCGGCUCCCUUAAAGUACUGGGAGGAAUAUGGGUGGGCUACGAGAAGGAGGGCUUCCGGGGCCACCAGUACCUGCUGGAGGAGGGCCAGUACCAGGACUGGAGGGUGUGGGGAAGCUGCAAUGCCGAGCUGCGCUCCGUCCGGUUGAUACGAGCAGACCUGACGGACCCCACAAUGGUGAUGUUUGAACAGCCGGAGGAAGAGCAUGAGGGCUUGGAGGAUGAGAACACCUUCGAGGUGACGGAGGCCAUUCCUGAUGUCGAGCUCUUCGAGUACAGAACCUCCACGCGCUCCAUCCAUGUGAUCAGCGGGGCGUGGAUAGCGUACUCCCAUGUGGACUACUCUGGGGACCAGUACAUCUUAGAGAAAGGCUUCUAUAACAACUAUGCUGACUGGGGCUCUCAGGACACUCGCAUCUGCUCCGUGCAGCCCAUCCGACUGGCCCCAAGUGACAGCUCAAGGACCAUGGCUGAGGUAAUACUGUACCCUGAACCAGACUUCCAGGGCGAGUGUCACGUCUUCAAGCACAACCAGGAAGAAUUGCCCGAAAAGUUACAGACCAAGUCCUGCCGAGUGUCGGGGGCAAGCUGGGUGCUCUACGAGACCAAACAGCACUCUGGGAACUUGUACGUCCUAUCCGAAGGGGACUACCCCAACUUAACCAGCAUGGGAUGUCCGCCCGUCUGCAACAUCCGCUCUGUCAAGGUCGUGCCAAUGACGCUGUCGGUUCCCUCCAUCUCUCUGUUCGGCCUCGAGUGUCUGGAGGGCAGAGAGAUCACCAUGGAUACCGAGACCCCGAGCAUGGUCGAAGAGGGCUUCAACAACCACAUUCUGUCCAUCAGAGUCAACAGCGGCUGUUGGGUGAUAUGUGAACACGGUAACUACAGGGGGCGCCAAUUCCUACUGGAACCAAUCGAAAUCACCAACUGGCCCAAGUUCAGCUCAAUACAGACCAUUGGCUCAAUGUUCCCAGUCCGGCAGAAGCGCCGCUUUCUACGCAUCAAGAACAAAGAGAGAGGUCACUUCCUGUCCGUCCAGGGCGGCGUGGAGGAGAUGAAAUCGGGACGAGUGGUGGUGACGCCAGAGGUGGAGCCCAUGAGCGACAUCUGGUUCUAUCAGGACGGCUUCAUCAAGAGCAAGUUGUCUCCAACCAUGAGCCUUCAGGUGAUGGGCACCAUAGAGCCAGCAGCAAAGGUGGUUUUGUGGGCAGAGACCCGGCAGCCGGUCCAGACCUGGAAGGCCCAGAUGAGUGGCCUCAUCAGCAGCCUCAAUUUCCCUGGCUGCGUCCUGGAUGUCAAAGGUGGCAAAACGUACGACAAGGACCACGUGGUGAUUAUGCCGGAGAACGAGGAGAGGCCGAGCCAAAAGUGGGAGAUAGAGCUGCUAUAACCUGCCGUGGAAGAGCCUCAUGUUCUAAUCUCUUCACAAAGCUUUGCUCCGCAGCCCAUCAGCAGCACUUCUCUCUCCAAGUCCCACAGUUGGGAGCCGUUGUAUUUUACUUAUUUUUAAAAAAAAUUAUUCCGCUAUCCAUUUAACUCGUAUGAACACUGCGACAGUCAGAAUGGCCUGUAAAGCUGCAACAGACAGUUCAGUGCUCUGUAGAAUCCUGUGUUGUAUUCUCAUGAAAUUGAUUAAGUUUUUUCUGUGCGCACGGACCACAAAACUGGAACGCCGUCAGUGCCUUCGACCCGCUGCAGCGACUGGGUUCAGCUGGAUAGAAAGCACGGUUGUCUUUUGGAGGACCUACUGAACUAUACAAACCCUAAUACAUGAAACAAUAACGACAAGUUAUUUGACUUUGACCUGUGUCGGAUGACAUCAUUCAUCAACAAUUUGAGUAUUCAAAGUAGAAUAUGUUUCCAGGCUCAUGCAAAUUCCCUGACUGCAACAGCACCUGUUGUGGAGACUUGUAUAUUCUUUACGUUGAGUGAACAGCAGGUGGCUUAUCUGUGCUUUUCUGCAGAUAGUGGCCGAAGGAAGCCAAAACGAAUGCCUAUAGUGUGCAAAGAAAUGUGUGCGUGCAUGUGUUUUUUAAAUGUAUUUUUAUAUGUACUGUGUGUACCGAUGUUUGUUUUGUGGGAAAUGUCGCACUUGAGUCGUGCUGUGCAGCUGUUUCUUAAUCCCCAUCAGGGCGUGUUAAUAUUUGAUACUAAAGAUGUGAUGGCAGAUGUUGUGUAAAGAGGGAGUGGUUUUGAAA